AAUUGUGUGACCCGGAUGUGGAGGCCGGAAGUAGCAGAAGCAGAAGCAGCCCCCGCGCACGUGAAGCCAGCCUGCCAGUAAACACACUUUUUAACAAGAUGGACGUCACAGAAGUUCCAGUCUCUAAAGAUGCGGAAAGGACGAAAAAGAGGAAUAAACGUCCGGAUAAGAAGAGCGAGGACAAGGCGGAGGACGGCGUCGUGGAAGUGAAAGAAGAGAAAAUGGAGGCCGCUUUGCCGCCAACUUUCAGUUUGUCAGAAGUCAAGAACAAACAGCGAAGACAUGUCAUGUUCGUCAAAAUGAAGCAGGAGAAAAGGAAGCUAAAGAUGCAGAUGAAGAAAAAGAGGAAAAAGGAGCAAAAAGCCCUAGGCGACAAGGCGCCGCCAAAACAAGUCCCCAAGACGAUAGAAAACCAGCGAGUCUACGACGAGACCACAGUAGACCCAGAAGAUGAGGAGGUUGCAUUUGACGAAGCCACGGACGAGUUCUCCGCCUACUUCAACGGGCUGACUAACCCCAAAGUGCUCAUCACCACUUCAGACCGACCCAGAGGGAGGACGGUGAAGUUCUGUCGGCAGCUGGCCACCGUCAUCCCAGACGCCCACGUCUACUACAGGAGAGGCCUGGCCCUCAAGAAGAUCAUUCCUCAGUGCGUGGCCAGGAACUUCACUUACCUCCUAGUCAUCAACGAGGACCGCAGAGUGCCCAAUGGAUUGGUUCUUUGUCACCUGCCUGAAGGACCCACCGCACACUUCAAGGUCAGCAGCGUUCGACUGCGUAAGGAAAUGAAGAGACGAGGGAAGGAGCCCACUGAACACUUUCCCGAAGUCAUCCUCAACAACUUCAGCACCCGUUUGGGUCACAGCAUCGGCCGAAUGUUUGCCGCUCUCUUCCCUCAGAAGCCACAUUUUGUGGGUCGCCAGGUGGCCACCUUCCACAACCAGAGAGACUUUGUCUUCUUCCGCUUCCACAGGUACAUCUUCAAGAACGAGAAGAAGGUGGGCAUUCAGGAGCUGGGACCUCGCUUCACCCUCAAGCUGCGCUCGCUACAGACCGGAACCUUCGACUCCAAGUUUGGCGAGUACGAGUGGGUCCUGAAGCGCCAUGAAAUGGACGCCUGCAGGCGCAAGUUCCAGCUGUGAAUUCUACAACAUGUUGGCUAUUCCCACACUAAAUGACUUCAUUGGAAAACCUCACACUCGAUGCGAUCGCUCCUCACAAUAUGGAUGACAUGCCAAGUCACAAUGUACAUUUCUGUGAGUAAUAACUUAGGCUUUCUAUUUGUGCGAUCGCUCCUCACAACAUGGAUGAAUUACAAAAGUUACAAUGUACAUUUCUGAGUAAUAACUUAGGCUUUCUAUUCAUGCGAUCGCUCCUCACAACAUGGAUGAAUUACAAAAGUUACAAUGUACAUUUGUGUGAGUAAUAACUUAGGCUUUUAUAUUCAUGCGAUCGCUCCUCACAACAUGGAUGACAUGCCAAGUCACAAUGUACAUUUCUGUGAGUAAUAACUUAGGCUUUCUAUUCAUGCGAUCGCUCCUCACAACAUGGAUGAAAUACAAAAGUCACAAUGUUCAUUUGUGUGAGUAAUCUAGUAGUCUUUGUAUUUAUGCGAUUGUUCCUCACAUUAUAGAUGAAAUACAAAAAGUCACAGUGUACAUUUGUGUUAUAAAUUAGUCUUUUUAUUCAUGCGAUCGCUCCUCACAACAUGGAUGAAAUACAAAAGUCACAAUGUACAUUUGUGAGUAAUCUAGUAGUCUUUGUAUUUAUGCGAUUGCUCCUCACAUUACAGAUGAAAUACAAAAAGUCACAGUGUACAUUUGUGUUAUAAAUUAGUCUUUUUAUUCAUGCGAUCGCUCCUCACAACAUGGAUGAAAUACAAAAGUCACAAUGUACAUUUGUGAGUAAUCUAGUAGUCUUUGUAUUUAUGCGAUUGCUCCUCACAAUAUAGAUUGAAUACAAAAAGUCAGUGUACGUUUGUGAGUAAUUAAGUAGUCUUUGUAUUCCUGCGAUCGCUCCUCACAAGAAAGAUGAAAUACAAAAAGUCACAGAGUACAUUUGUGGAAGUAAUUAAGAAGUCAUUAAAAUCUUGCUAUCACAAAGCAAUUCCUGACAUCUGGAACUUUCCAGAGUAAAAGCAUUUUAAAAACAACUAAGUCCAAAUAAGACAGGAAAUAAUCCACCAAGUAGAAGUGAUCGCUCGACAUCUUAUCUGAGAAGAGGAGGAGCAAUCGCGAUAGAAAUGUUGUGCUCUGAGCGACUGAGCCAUGAAAUGAAAGUGAAAACAUGAUUUCACUCAUCAAAAAGUUUCUUCUUUGUGUUUGAUUCCCUGAAGGUGAGAUAGUGAUGUGAACAUGAAUAUAAAACUAAGUCUUCCUGACCAGUGACAUCUUGAAGGUGCAGCAGGUAUGUCUCAGCUGCAUCAGGAAAAAAGCUCUGAUUUGCUUGAAGUGGUUUGGCGCGAGCUGUUGGUUCACACGUAAACAUUAGUGAUGUGUGGAUCGAUACUGAAAUAUCCACACUGCCGAUACCAGAUCUUUAUGCGCCAAUAUCCAUCCUCACAAUAAAAUAUUGAUACUUUAGUUUAUACUUUUCCCACCAAAAAUGUCACAGAGUAUGCAGAAGACAUGUUGAUGUUGGUUAUUAAAAACAGAUAUUGUGUAUUA